UACAGAAGUUAGAACAUGGCAGGUGGCAAACAACCUAAGAAACAGUUUGUUCCUUUCUGUGCUGGCAUUGCAUGUGGAAUAUUUAUCUCAAUUAUCCUUUUCAUUGGUUUUGCCACACCUGCUAUACUGAAGAGUUUAUGGAAAAGUAGCGUCGCACCUGUGUUGCCUAAGGAGAUAAAGUACAAUGAUCAUGGAUAUCACCCUGAAAUCCAACCAUGGGAAGGCAAUGUAGUUCCUUCCAGCAUCAACUCAACUAUUCCUAUUGAUCUUGAACCUGAGCCUGUUGAAGUGGAGAACCCAGCAUGGGAAGUGAAUUUGACGCCUGUUCAUAUUCCUGGUUUUCUUCUUCAAGAAUUAAAACUGAAGAAGAAAGUUUUUGUCGGAGUAAUCAACCCAUCGGUGGUCAAUACUCCUAACAUUGAACUUAUAUUGAAAACAUGGGCAAAAGAUUGGAUGGAGAAUGGUGAUGGUGACAUCACAAUAUACACUCCGAUGGGUGUUGACAUCACAAAGACAAAGAAAGCAAAUAUUUAUUAUCUUUCGGAUGUUCAUAACCAAUUCAGUCUUCAAAAUCUCCAAGAAGGAACAAUUUCAAUGAUCUACCAAACAUUGGAGGACAUAUGUAGUCAACAUAUUGAUGCUUAUCAUCAUUUCUUUGUGGUGGGUGGGAACACAUAUGUUAGUUUGGAUAAACUACUUAACUUCACUAAAAGAUUGGACGACUCAAGUGUUCUGUGGAUUGGCCACAAGGAAGACACAAAGGACCGUUUUAAGCAUUUCAUUAAUGAGCCUUCAUCGUAUUGUAGCAGUGGUCCUGGGUUCGUAUUAUCACGACAAGCACUUCAAUUGUUGUGCCCACGAUUGCCUUCAUGCCAGCGUGACUAUGGAUCAAACACUGUACCACCUGGAUUACAGCUAGCAAGAUGCGUGAAGAGGUUUCUAAACACCUCAUGUACUUAUACUGACAAGGACAUCUUCUAUAAAUCCCCCAUCACACCUGAUCCUUACUCCACCUCCCACCCAUAUGAUGACAGCAUCACUGUUCAUCCUGUAUUAGAUGAUGUCACAAUGUUUAAACUCCAUCAUUUCUUCCUUUCACAACAAUUGAACGAAACAAUCAGAUCGAAUGAAUAUCUGCACAACAUAAUACAAACCAUGGACCGAGUUCUUGUACAAGAAGGUGGAAUGUCAGAUGAUCGACUUAUCCUGGGGAGGAAUGGGAAUGAAAACAAAUAUCGUCAUGGCGACGUGAUCACAUGGGACCGAGUUGAACACGGAAAGGGGAAAACCCCUGAUGAGAUACUGGUAGUCAGUGAAGCAGAACCGAAACGCGAAUUAUCAAAAUCUGAUAAAAUAUCUAUGGAUAAAGUGAAAGUGGCCGCCAUGACUCAUUACAAGGAGAAACUUGGUGACGCACGAGAAGUGAAAGCUGGCGAUAUAUUUCGUCGUGUUGUACCUGGUGUUGGUUACCAAUAUAUGGUGGAUGUUUUAAGUGGGAAGGAUGAGGUAGCCACUGUAUGCUUGGACCAACCUUAUGGCAGGAUGACUACGAUACGAAGCCACACCUCACCUAAUGUUAAAGUCAACUUUGUUCUUCCACUGUUAGAAGGUUCACCUUACUUUAAAGAUUUCAUGCAGAUGUUUGAACAGGCUUGUAUGUCAAUUGACCGAGCACAGAACGUUGCGUUACUAGUUGUCCUGUACACCCCUGGUAGUGGGAAUGGUUCAUUUGAUGAGAAAAACUCAGAUACUCUAACUCAGCUUAACUUGUAUAAGCAAAAGUAUCCAGCUUUGUCACUUAGAUGGAUAAACGCAGGGGAUCGUCCAUUCUCCAGCAUAGGAGGAACAUGGAUGGCUGUGAAAGCUUUACCUGCCGAUACUUUGCUAUGCUCAACUGACUUGUUUAUGUUGAUGUCUCCGGAAUAUCUUCACCACGCCCGACUGAACACGGUUCCAGGUGAGCGACUUUCGUUCCCAGUUCCGUUCCAGCGAGUUUUGCCGUUAGAUAAUGAUGAUGAAGGAAUAUCAAGAUCCAGUGGUUUCUGGAGGUCGUUUGAUUACGGGUUGUUUUGUGGAUAUAAACAAGAUAUAAUGAGAGCUUGUGAGGGACAGAACUUUGCCAGUGGAGCCGAUUUAUAUGAGCGAGCGUUAUCGACCGGUCUUAAUGUGUUUCGAGCACCUGAGCACGCUUUGUCCAUCGGGUGGCAUGAGAGAGAAUGCAGAGACGAACAGCUAUCGGUGGACGAACAACGGAAUUGUGAAGAGAUGAAUAAAAAUCUUAAUCUCGCUUCAAGUGCAAUUAAUUAGGAAUAGUUUUAAGUUGAAGUAAUUAUUAUGUAGUCUAUUUUUAUUUAUAUAUAUAUAUGAACUUUAUACUUCUUAUUAUUAAUUAAUUAAUGCCAAUUUUGGCAUAAAUCCAUUUCCCAUAGCGUGUUACACUACAGGACCUCACCCAUGUAGAAUGCAAAAGUUUUAAUAAAUAUUAUGUUACUUAUUCUUAUGUAUAUGAACUUUAUAAAAUUGUAAAAUAUGGGUGUUGGUCUAACUUGGGCAGUAUAGGUCAUGAACUAAAUUAAGAACAACAAUGUUACAAGAGACAAAACUUCUGGUUUAUAAAGCUGCUUUAUGUUUUCUGUAUAAUGAUAAAAUAUAUUUUGCUACAAGUUUAGCAUUAUUAUUUAUUACAAAAAAUAUUUUAGAACGUUUGCUAUUUAUCAGUUUUAAUUAUUUUCUUAAUGAAAUAAUCUACGUAUUAAUCAAAUUGGUAAUAGGGUUUUUUAAUUACUAGUAUUAAUUAGAUUAGAAGUUAAUUGUUCAAAAUAUUAUUAAUCACUUUUUGUUAUUAUUUCAAUCAUUUCAUUUAUUACAAAAUAUUGGCCUAUUAUGAUGUCAUAUUCUUGAUUGUUUUGUAAAUAAUAUCUCCUUGCCUUGGUAGUGAAACCAUUAUUAUUUACGGUGCAGUAACUUUUCUUUGUUAAUUUUUGCAAUUUAGUUCUAAACUUUCAUUUAAAGAUAUUUUUGAUAGUUUUCACUGGAAAUGCGCAACAUUUUUGCAGCUGUAUAAAUAUCCAAAGUUAUUGGACUUCUAAGAAAUAUAUACAGUUGUAUUUUUAAUAAUUGGCGCUUUUUCAAAAUAAUAUUUAAAACAAAGUAGCCCUCGGCUGUACUAAUUAUUGUGUAAACAUUUUUUAACAUUCGGUUACUAUUUUACUCAUAUACAAGACGUACUGUAUUUUGUAUUUUUAAGUUACUAUACUGGCUGUAUCUCUUCAGUGGUUUAUAUUCUUGUAUUUUGUAUUAAAAUGAAUUCAUAAGAUCA